CCCCUUCGCGAGCUCUCCUGGUCCUCCUCGCUGGCCGUCGUGGCAGGGGCAGUCAGCUGGUCAUCUCCCUUAUGUUGACCUGUAUGUGCUGCAAGAAGCGGGACAUCGGCUUCAAGGUGAGCUGGGGAUGAGGGGACACGUGGACGACGGAGCUCUCGGCCCAGGGCUCGCCUGCCCCCCAGCAUGGCCCCGAGGUCUACAUCCUGCCCCUCACCAAGGUCUCCCUGCCCAUGGCCAAGCAGCCGGGGCGCUCAGUGCAGCUCCUCAAGUCGGCAGACCUGGGGCGGCAGAGCCUGCUCUACCUGAAGGAGAUCGGGCAUGGCUGGUUCGGCAAGGUGUUCCUUGGGGAGGUGAACUCGGGCAUCAGCAGCACCCAGGUGGUGGUGAAGGAGCUGAAGGCAAGUGCCAGUGUGCAGGACCAGAUGCAGUUCCUGGAGGAAGCGCAGCCCUACAGGGCCCUCCAGCACACCAAUCUGCUGCAGUGCCUGGCCCAGUGCGCCGAGGUCACCCCCUACCUGCUGGUGAUGGAGUUCUGCCCGCUGGGUGACCUGAAGGGGUACCUGCGGAGCUGCCGGGGGGCCGAGGCCAUGGCCCCUGACCCGCUGACCCUGCAGAGGAUGGCGUGUGAGGUGGCCUGUGGUGUCCUGCAUCUGCACAGGAACAACUACAUCCACAGCGACCUGGCCCUGCGGAACUGCCUGCUCACCGCUGACCUGACCGUCAAGAUUGGGGACUACGGGCUCUCGCACUGCAAGUACAAAGACGACUACUUUGUGACGGCCGACCAGCUCUGGGUGCCGCUGCGCUGGAUCGCGCCCGAGCUCAUCGACGAGGUGCACGGCAACCUGCUCAUCGUGGACCAGACCAAGGCCAGCAACGUCUGGCAGCUGGGUGUCACCAUCUGGGAGCUGUUUGAGCUGGGAAGUCAGCCCUAUGACCACUACUCCGACCGACAAGUGCUUGCCUACGCCAUUAAGGAGCAGCAGCUCAAACUGCCCAAGCCCCAGCUGAAGCUGUCGCUGUCAGAGCGCUGGUACGAGGUGAUGCAGUUCUGCUGGCUGCAGCCGGAGCAGCGGCCGACGGCGGAGGAGGUCCACCUGCUGCUGUCCUACCUGUGCGCCAAAGGGGCAACGGAGGCCGAGGAGGAGUUUGAGAAGCGCUGGAACUCCAUGAAACCCAACGGCAGCACCAGCGCCAGUCACCACGGUGCAGAGCUCUCCUCCUUCCCGCUACUGGAGCAGUUCUCAGCUGACGGCUUCCCCUCGGACGGGGACGAUAUCCUCACUGUCAUGGAGACCAGCCAUGGCCUCAAUUUCGAGUACAAGUGGGAGCACACCAAGACCGAGCACUUCCAGGCUCCCCUGGGGCUCCUGAGCCCCAGCAGUGCCGCCCGCUACCAUGAGCUCUACUACCCGGCCACGUCUGCUGGCCGCCUAAGCCUGGGGGUCUCGCCCUCGUGCUAUGAGUACCGGACACCGGACAAGACCUUCUCCAGCACCAGCUUCCCCAGCACAGAUGAGGGGAGCGAUGAGGACACGGCAGAGCUGACCUCCGGAGUCUUCACAGAUUUCUCCGGGGACUACGCGGAGCGGGCGGAGGUGACCCCAGCACUCAAGUCCCUGCAGAAGCAGGUGGGGACGCCGGAUUCCCUGGAAUCAUUAGACAUCCCCUCCACCGCCAGCUCCUGCGAGGUGUUCAGCCCCACUGCCUACGUGCCGGCUGGACAGCCCAAGGCCCUGGACAGCGGCUACGACACCGAGAACAAUGAAUCCCCUGAGUUUGUCCUCAAAGAGCCCCAUGAGCCCCGAGAGCCGGAGGCCUUUGGCCAGUUGGGGAAGCCACCCCCGGGGCUGCCAGGGGGUGAGGGUGAGGGUCUGCCCCCUGACAUGCAGCUCUCUACCUCCCUCGGGGCUGAGCUGCAGAGCCUCGCCGAGAAAAACCCCUACCGUGACUCUGCCUACUUCUCUGACUACGACGCCGAGGCUGAACGCAGCCCCAAGGAUGAGGAGGACAGCGACGGGUCCCGGACCCCGGAGGCAGAGGAGGGUCCCCGACAUCCCGUUCAGGACCUGGGGCAAGCCCCUGUGCCAGGAGACGACUCGCUGCACCCCCCAGGGGCACCCAGCUCUGUGCCACCCAAGACUUUCUUUUUGACCCCGGUGCUGACAAGCCCCGGGGAGCCAGUGUCUGCCAAGGGGAUCCAUGUGCCUGAGGGUGUCCCUGGAAUUGGGGGAGCUGCAGCUGGGGGUGAACAGACUGUCCCCCCCGCUCUGGGGCUUGGGGAGUUAGAACGGCACCCAGAGGGAACUGCGGUGGGUGAUGCGCCGGGGGGUCCCAGCACGCUGCUACCAGGGGACAAGUCACCCCCGGGCCUCUCCCCGCUCCCAGCUGCCCCUGAGCACCGCGAGGAGCCGGAGGAGGAAGAGGAGGACACAGAGGAUAGCGAUGAGUCGGACGAGGAACUGCGCUGCUACAACAUCCAGGAGCAGAGUGAGGAGAGCGAGGAGGAGCCGGCGGCCGUGCCCAUCGUGGUGGCCGAGAGCCAGAGCGGCAGGGAGCAGCGCCUCCUCAAGAUGCCCAGCCUGCUUUCCGAGUCCUUCUGCGAGGACCUGGAGCGCAAGAAGAAGGCCGUCUCCUUCUAUGAUGAUGUUACCAUCUACCUCUUUGACCAGGAAAGCCCCACACGGGAGUUGGCUGAGCAGAGCUUCCCAGAGCCCCCCCAGCCUUCGGGACAGCUGCCCCCGCUGCGGGGGCCACCGGCGGGGCCUGCCCCGGCCGUGCCCGCGCUGGCCACGGUGCAGAAGCAGGUGCUGCCCAUCCAGUUCUCCCGCUUCACGGUCUCGCCAGCCCCGGUGUCCCGGUUCUCCAUCACCCACGUCUCUGACUCGGACAUGGACUCCAUAGGAGCCCUAGUAAUAGAGGAAGAGCAGCCAGCCAAGCAAGAGGUGUGGAUGGAAGAGCUUGUCUGA